AUGGAAUUCAUCGCCAAGUAUCCUCCGCUGCUGGCGAUUGGAAACACGCCUAUGGUCAAGAUUGACGCCGAUUUGGACAUCGGCGAUGCGGAGAUACACGUGAAGUACGAGCACCUGAACCCGGGCGGCUCCAUCAAGGACAGGCCCGUGCUCCGGAUGUUGGGUGAGGCUAUCCUUUCAGGCGAGUUGACGAAGGAGAAGUCCAUUAUAGACGCGACUUCGGGCAAUGCGGGCAUAGCCUACGCGAUGAUUGGCGCGGUGCUGGGCUACAAGGUUACGCUGGUGAUGCCGGAGAACGCGAGCGAAGAGCGCAAGAAGCGCCUCAUCGCGCACGGCGCGGAGAUUAUAUUCACCGACCCAUGCUGGGCUACGACGAGGCGCUGUACGAGCGACCAGUACAGCAACCCGAACAACCCACAGGCGCACUACGACACCACGGCCGAGGAGAUUCUGCGGCAGGCGCCGAACAUAACGCACUUCGUCGGCGGCGUAGGCACAGGCGGCACCAUAUCGGGCGUCGGACGGCGGCUGAAGGAGCACAACCCGGACAUCAAGGUCAUCAGCAUCGACCCGCCUGAGUGGCCUGGCGUGGAAGGGCUGAAGCCGCUGAGCGCGGGGCACAUCAUCCCCGACACCUUCGACUCUUCGGUAGUGGACGAGAUGCUUGAAAUCGAUGUAGAUGCCUCUUACGAGAUGUCGCACAAGCUGUCGGCCAUCGGCCUGUUUGCGGGGCAAUCGUCGGGCGCUUAUGUGCAGGGCGCAUACGAGAUUGCGCGACGCGACCGCAGCGGGCAAAUCGUAACCAUCUUCAACGACAUCGGCGAGCGCUACUUCAGCACCGGCAUGUGGGGGUAG